GACCGUAUAAUGCAGUAAAGGUCAAAUGUCUGCAUCUGACUCUUCUAGUCUUCUUCUUCCUUCUCUCCGAACAUCACUGACUGGCUGGUUCCAGAUUGAAUUCUCUCCUAAUUUUUCUAAUUUAAUGGUGUAGGAAGAUAUUUUCUCUUGUUUCAAGAUUUUUGUUUUUGUUUUGGUGUCGGAAUGGAUGCUUCAACUUGUUUGCCGAUUGGAAGUAGAGUUAGUUUUUGUACUACAUUAAAUCGUUCGAGAAGAAGUAUUCGAGCUGGAAGAGUUGAUUAUUCAGUUUUCUCUAAGAAGAGGAAAAAUUCUUACUCGUCAAAUUCAAUUGUCAAACCCUAUUUAUCUCAAUCUCUUUGUAAUUCAACUCAAUUUCAACAACAACGAUGGGUGAUUCAAUGUGCAUCCUCAUCUCAUGGUCAUCACGUUCACGAUCAUCAUCAUGAAGAGGAACACAAACACAGUAAAAAACAUGAUCAUGAUCAUGAGCAUCAUCACCAUCACCAUCAUCAUCAUGGUGGUGGUGGAGAAUGUUUGGAACUGACUAAUUCUCAGAAAGCAGUUCUUAAAUUUGCUAAAGCGAUUGGAUGGGCUGACUUAGCUGGAUUUCUCCGUGAGAAUUUACAACUUUGUUGUUGUUCUGCAGCUUUGCUUCUUUGUGCUGCUGUUUCCCCAUAUUUAGUUCCUAAAUCAGUUGCUAAGCUUCUUCAGAAUGCCUUCAUCUCUAUCGCGUUUCCUCUCGUUGGGGUUUCAGCUGGACUUGAUGCUGCGAUUGAUAUUGCGGCUGGAAAAGUAAACAUUCAUGUCCUUAUGGCUCUUGCAGCCUUUGCAUCGGUAUUCAUGGGGAAUGCUUUAGAAGGAGCCUUACUUCUUGCAAUGUUCAACUUGGCUCAUAUUGCUGAAGAAUAUUUCACUAGCCGCUCAAUGGUUGAUGUUAAAGAAUUAAAGGAUGGGCAUCCAGAUUUUGCGCUCGUUGUGGAGAUGAAGGGUGACAAACUACCUCAUCUCUCUGACUUGGCGUACAAACAAGUCCCUCUGCCUGACGUUGAAGUUGGUUCAUACAUCUUGGUCAGAGCUGGUGAGUCUGUUCCAGUUGAUGGUGAAGUUUCGCAAGGGAGAUCAACAAUCACAAUUGAGCAUUUGACUGGUGAAGCCAAACCAGUAGAGAUGAAAGUUGGGGAUAGGAUCCCUGGUGGUGCAAGAAACUUGGAUGGUAUGAUGAUAGUCAAGGCGACGAAAACAUGGAAUGAGUCAACAUUGAACAGGAUUGUGCAGUUGACUGAAGAAGCACAGUUGAAUAAACCAAAGCUACAAAGGUGGCUAGACGAAUUUGGAGACCGGUACAGUAAGGUUGUAGUAGCUCUGUCUCUUGGAGUUGCUAUCCUUGGACCAUUUCUAUUUAAGUGGCCCUUCAUUGGCACGUCAGUUUGCAGAGGAUCAGUUUACCGAGCAUUAGGGCUUAUGGUCGCCGCAUCACCGUGUGCGUUAGCAGUAGCUCCUCUGGCUUAUGCCACUGCAAUCAGUGCUUGUGCAAGUAAGGGAAUAUUACUGAAGGGUGGACAUGUAUUUGAUGCUUUGGCAUCGUGCAACACGAUCGCUUUUGAUAAAACUGGAACACUGACUACUGGGGAGCUUAUGUGCAAAGCGAUUGAGCCUAUUCAUGGACAUCGGGAAGUGUUUAGAUCGAAAGGUGCUUGCUGUACGCCUAAUUGUGAGAAAGAAGCUCUUGCUGUAGCUGCUGCAAUGGAAAAAGGGACUACUCAUCCCAUUGGAAGAGCUGUUGUGGACCACAGCAUAGGAAAAGAUCUUCCCUCCCUGUCCGUCGAAAACUUUGAAUCAUUGCCUGGUAGAGGUCUCUAUGCAACAUUGACAGGUGUUGAGUCAGGAACAAGAAAUGGGGAGCUGCUGAAGGCAUCACUUGGUUCAGUAGAGUAUAUUGCCUCACUGUUUAACUCAGAGGAUGAUUCGAAGAAGAUAAAAGAGGCUGUGAGCACAUCUUCCUUUGGAAGUGACCUUGUACAUGCGGCUCUAUCUGUUAAUAGUAAGGUAACACUAUUUCACUUUGAGGAUAAGCCUAGACCGGGUGUUGCAAGCGUAAUAUCUGAGUUGAAAGAUCAUGGGAAGCUUCGUGUGAUGAUGUUAACUGGUGACCAUGAAUCAAGUGCUUCCAGGGUUGCAAGUACUGUGGGGAUCAGUGAAGUGUACAGCAGCCUGAAACCUGAGGAUAAGCUUAAUCAAGUGAAAACUAUUUCAAGAGAUAUGGGAGGGGGUUUGAUUAUGGUUGGUGAUGGGAUCAAUGAUGCACCAGCGCUUGCUGCUGCCACUGUAGGCAUUGUGCUCGCUCAACGUGCCAGUGGAACAGCUAUAGCUGUGGCAGAUGUUCUUUUGUUGCGGGACGACAUUUGUACAGUACCAUUUUGUAUUGCUAAAGCCCGUCAAACUACUUCACUGGUCAAGCAAAGUGUGGCUCUCGCACUUACAUGCAUAAUACUUGCUGCUCUUCCGUCUGUUCUGGGUUUUCUCCCACUUUGGUUAACGGUUCUUCUGCAUGAAGGUGGUACGCUUCUUGUUUGCCUAAAUUCUAUUCGUGCCUUAAACAACCCCACUUGGUCCUGGAAGCAGGAUUUCCAGCUCAUGCAUAAAUCAUUCAUGUCAUCUUUAGCUAUGCUGUUGAGAAGACCGCCAAUUUCAGAUACCGUACAGGCUAAACCAGUGUAACUGUGUAGUUUGAUAGUCUCUUUUAUGUUGCAUAUCUCACAUAUCUCAAUCAAAGUGAGUAGAUAACAGAUGUUGGAUAUUUGUGCAUAACUCUUCCUUGUAUCAUUUUAUCUUGUACAUAAUUUAAGCAAUCGAUUUAUCAUCUUUUCGGUCAUUUACCUCCUAAUCCGUGUAAAGGAUCCAUUUUACUGUGCCAAGCACAAUGGAUAUUUAUCAAUGGAAGCUCAAGCUGUUAUCCUUUA